GGAGCCCGCAGGCGGGCCCGCACACGCCUCCCGCGGCCGAGGGCGGGCCGGGGCGGCCGCGAGGUGCUGUGCCGCCUGGCCGCGCAGAGGGACGGGCCGGGCCGGCGGGAGGGGAGAGAAGCGGAGCGGAGCGGCGCGGCGGCCGAGCUCGCCAUGGUGCUGGUCGUGGUGAUGGGCGUGAGCGGCUCGGGGAAGACCACGGUUGGGUCGCGGCUGGCGGCGAAGCUGGGAUGGAAAUUCUACGAUGCAGAUGAUUAUCAUUCUCCAGAGAAUAAAAAGAAGAUGGCAGAAGGGAUACCACUAAAUGAUGAGGACAGGAUUCCCUGGCUUUGUGCAUUGCAUGAUAUACUGAGGAGAGAAGACUCAUCUAGACAAGAUGUAAUUCUGGCCUGUUCUGCACUGAAGAAGAUGUAUAGGUGUAUAUUAGUUAGUGGAGCAUCUGCAACUGAAAGCAAUCAGCCAGAGCAACCAGGAGAAAAUGCAGCGCUGCAGAUCCUCUUUGUUCAUUUGCAUGGGCCUAUAGACAUCAUAGCUGGCCGCCUGGAGAAGAGGAGAGGACAUUUUAUGCCACCUGAACUUCUCAAGUCUCAGUUUGACACUCUGGAGCCUCCUAGUGCACCAGAAAACUUUAUUACUGUCAGUCUAGAAAAAUCUCUCCCUGAAAUAGUGCUGGAGAUUGAGUGCGCCAUUUUUCAGGGUGAGGCUUUUCUGCAGGAAGUUUCUGGAUUACACAUACAGAAAUUCCCUUAAGGAUAUCAAGGGUAUGGAACAGCAUUUUAAUUAUUAAAUUGAUUAUUAAAUCAAAAGAACUUAUUUUCCCAUAUAAUUAAAUGGAUUGCAAUGCUAAGAGCUGGUUUACUACUAUAGGAAUUUUUAUCAUGGCUCUGUAAAAGACAUAAAAGAUGAAAUUUUCAAAAACUAUCAAUUUUUUAAACUCUUCAUCCAUUAUAUGAAGUUAAACCUCCCAUUUUAGGAAGUCUGCUUUUGAAAAUCCUGCCAAGGGUCACAUACAGUAAUUUAAUGUCUUCAUUUUAAUUUUUACUCUGUCAAACAUGGAGAUGGGCAUAUCUGCUAUUAAGAGAUGAAAUAAUUUUCAGCUUUGUUAGAAACAAAACAGUUAUUUUUCUAGAAGUACAAGAGGCAGGAACAUGCAUGAUGUUCUGUGCCUGACACUACCACCGUCUCACUGCCAGAUUCUUAGCAGGUUGUAGCUUCUGUUUGUGUCCUUGCUAAGCUCACCAGCGCACUGGGGACUUCAUGAGAGCUUUCAUGAACUCUUAUCGUAUGCAUUGAACACCAAGCUGAAAAAUGUGAGGGAAAAGGUAGUGGCGGUGAGGCAAUAUACAAAAUAUAAUUGUAGGGAGGUGAGGCAAUAUGCAAAAUAUAAUUGUAGGGAGGUGAGGCAAUAUAUGAAGUAUAAUUGUGUGGAGGUGAGGCAAUAUGCAAAAUAUAAUUGUAUGGACAGCUUUAGAAACAAAGUGUCAGUGGCAUCAUUUUGACUCUGAACUCGUAUCUUUCGUGUACAAAGCACACCCAUUGAUGAAGUGCACUGCAGAGUGAGUCAACAAGUGAUCUAAGAUACUGAAUACAAGAUUGGUAGAUAUUUCUUUCUUUUAGAAAAACACUUUCACACUUGGACUUUCUCCUUCGCUUCCCUUUUCUGGGGUGCUUUAGUCUUCCACCUCAGCUGAUGCCCAGUCCAA